GGAACGCGUGCCAGAUCUUCCACCAACUUCAACAUUUUGUUACUUUUUUCAUUUCAUUUAUAUUUUUCACUUACUCUUAGAGCAUCACUUUUAGAUGCUGGAAUACCAUCACCUAUCUCUUCAACAGUCAUCGAAUCUGAAACCUUAAUAAUCCCCAAAAGAAAAGAAAAAGAAAAAAACCCUACAAAUUUUGUAUCGGAAUCAAAAUAUAGUUUAUUGAUUUCCCGCGGAAAAAUCAAUGUCUACAACAGCUCAACGUCGAUUGAAGGCAAUUCAAAAUCAUCUAAUCACAUCUACUUCUACAAAUUCACAACAACUUGAUACUAAUGAAACUGCUGGAGGUGAAUUUGUUCAUGGCCAAGGCUAUAGUGUAGUUCUUCCGGAGAAGCUGCAUACAGGAAAAUGGAAUGUAUACAGAUCUGCAAAAUCUCCUUUGAAGCUUGUGAGUAGAUUUCCUGAUCAUCCUGAAAUUGGAACUUUGCAUGACAAUUUUGUGCAUGCUGUUGAGACUUUUCAAGAUUACAAGUAUUUGGGGACACGAAUUCGGGUGGACGGAACAGUUGGAGAGUACAAAUGGAUGACAUAUGGAGAAGCAAGUACAGCCCGGACGGCAAUAGGUUCUGGCUUAAUUUAUCAUGGUAUUCCAAAAGGAUCUUGCAUUGGUUUAUACUUCAUUAACCGACCGGAGUGGCUUAUUGUCGAUCAUGCCUGUUCGGCAUAUUCUAACAUUUCGGUACCUUUAUAUGACACUUUAGGUCCCGAUGCUGUUAAGUAUAUCGUGAACCAUGCUGUUGUACAAGCUAUUUUUUGUGUCCCGGAGACGUUGCACAGUAUGUUGAGUUUCUUGUCUGAAAUUCCAUCUGUACGACUAAUAGUGGUAGUAGGGGGAGUAGAUGAACACAUGCCUUCACUUCCAAGAUCAUCCGGGGUUGAGGUUAUAUCAUAUUCAAAAUUACUGGCUCAGGGAUGUGGAAAUCCUCAACCAUUUGCCCCUCCAAACCCCGAAGAUAUUGCAACCAUCUGCUAUACAAGUGGUACUACUGGGACCCCUAAGGGAGCAAUACUGACUCACGAGAAUUUGAUUGCAAGUGUUGCCGGUGCCACUAUUUCCGUCAAAUUUUACACUUCUGAUGUCUACAUUUCCUAUCUUCCUCUGGCGCACAUAUACGAACGGGCAAAUCAAGUUAUGACUGUUUACUUCGGAGUUGCAGUUGGUUUCUAUCAAGGGGACAACUUGAAAUUGAUGGAUGAUAUGGCUGCUCUGAGACCAACCAUAUUUUGUAGCGUUCCUCGGCUUUACAAUAGAAUAUACGCAGGAAUCACUAGUGCUGUGAAAUCAUCAGGGGCUCUUAGGGAGAGGCUGUUCAAUGCUGCUUUUAAUGCCAAGAAACAGGCGAUAAUGAGUGGUAAGAAUCCAUCUCCUAUGUGGGAUAGAUUGGUAUUUAACAAAAUAAAAGAUAAACUCGGAGGACGGGUUCGAUUUAUUGCUUCAGGUGCAUCACCUUUGUCUCCAGAUGUCAUGGAUUUUUUAAGGGUGUGCUUUGGUUGUCGAGUAUCUGAAGGGUAUGGGAUGACCGAAACUUCCUGUGUUAUUAGUUCAAUGGAUGAGGGUGAUAUCUUGUCUGGCCAUGUGGGCUCUCCUAAUACUGCUUGUGAAAUUAAGCUUGUAGAUGUUCCUGAGAUGAAUUAUACAUCUGAUGACCAGCCAUAUCCGCGUGGAGAAAUCUGCGUCAGGGGUCCUAUCAUUUUCAAAGGCUACCAUAAAGAUGAAGUGCAAACGCGUGAAGUUAUUGAUGAGGAUGGUUGGCUACAUACGGGAGAUAUUGGGUUGUGGUGGCAGGGAGGACGCUUAAAAAUCAUUGACAGGAAAAAGAAUAUUUUUAAGUUAGCUCAGGGAGAAUACAUAGCACCAGAGAAGGUUGAAAAUGUAUAUGCCAAGUGCAAGUAUGUUGCACAGAUCUUUGUAUAUGGUGAUAGUCUGAACUCCUGCUUAGUAGCAAUUGUUUCUGUUGACCAAGAUUUAUUAAAGGCUUGGGCCGACUCUGAAGGCAUCAAGUACGAAUCUUUAGGGCAAUUGUGCAAUGAUCCAAGAGCAAGGGCAGCUGUUAUGGCGGAAAUGGAUGCUGCUGGAAGGGAAGCUCAGUUGAGAGGUUUUGAGUUUGUGAAAGCCGUAACUUUAGUCCUUGAGCCGUUCACUUUGGAGAAUGGCCUUCUUACUCCUACAUUCAAGGUCAAGAGACCCCAGGCAAAAGCGUACUUUGCAAAAGCAAUAUCAGACAUGUAUGCAGAGUUGGCGACAUCUGAUCCUAUCCCCAUGUGAAGUACAAUUUUAUUUUUGUUGACACUAGAUAAUAAUCAUUCAGAAAACAGGGAGUGCAUGAUGUGCCUCCCGUUAACUAGUAAAAUCACAGAAAGCAAAAGAAAAACGACAGAAAUGUCGGACCCAAACUCGAGUACAAUUGAAAGGGUUGUUACCAUUUUUAGCUAAGGUUCUAUCUUAUUCGGGAAGCAAGGGAGGUAUUGAAGGCCAGAUUAAACACCAAAAUCUUACUGUUGAAGAAGUGUUGAAACAUUCAGCAAAAAUAAAUUGUUACUAUAGUAAUUACAGAAGUCUGUAAUUUGUAUCCUUGUAUCAUUUUCUAGAUUAUCCCUAAUAAAAUUUGUCAUUUUGGUAGUUCAAGGCAAAUUACCCGGGCUUGGGUUUACUUGAA